AUGGCUGAAUCUAAGACUUUGAAUGAUUACUUUGCACCCAUCACAGCCAACCCACCCAAUUGCAUAGUUCUCCCUACAACUGAAGCACCCCAGUUUGAGAUUAGACCUGCUACUAUCCACCUUUUACCCAAAUUUCAUGGCUUUGAAAGUGAGCAACCCGAUAUCCAUUUAGGAAAGUUCUUAACUAUUUGCAACACUUUUAAAAGCCAGAAUUUGAAUGAAGAGGGUGUCAAAUUGCGUCUCUUUCCUCUAUCCCUAGAAGAUAAGGUUGCCUCAUGGUUAAAUUCCAUUUCUCCAAAUUCUAUUCGAUCAUGGAAUGAACUUGCAAAGAAAUUCAUGAACAAAUUUUACCCCAUGCAAAAGACAGAGUCAAUGAGAGGUUCCAUUAGUAAUUUUAGAGGGAAAAAUGAGGAACAAUUUCACCAAAUUUGGGAGCGUUUUCAUGAUUUAAUUCUUAAAUGCCCACACCAUGGCUUUGAUAAAGCCCAACUAGUUCAAUUUUUCUAUAAGGGGCUUUCACCUAUAAACCGCACCAUAAUCGAGUCUAUGAACCAAGGUAAAUUCAAGGCCCAAACCCCUGACCAAGCCUACACAUUCUUAGAGGAACUAGCUGAGAAUGCCCAAAAUUGGAAUUCAAAUACUGAUGAAUUUUCUAGGAAUGACCAAACCAAUAAAACAUCUUCUUGGUAUGAGAUCAAACCAAAAAAUGAAUUAAAAUCUGUGAUGCAUAGUCUAACUGAAGGAGUAAAAAACUUGACCAAAAAAUUCGAUACUUUUGCACUCAUGUCCACAAAUGCACAAUGCAAUGUGUGUUCUAGUUCAUCUCAUCCUAGUGAAGCAUGUCCUGUCUAUUCUACCUCUGAACCUUCAGAUGCUCAAGUGUGUGCCUUUAAUACCUAUAGGAGACCGACGACUAAUACCUUUAGCCAAACUUACCAUCCUGAUACUAGAAACCAUUCUAAUUUUUCUUGGCGACAAAAUUUGCCUCCCCAAAACUUAGGUGGUCAUCCCGGUUUCCAAGGUAAUUCCAAUAGGCAACCCCAAUCUCAAGGUUUGCUCGUUCCUCAAAGUCAGUUCCCACCAAACACCCAGUUGAGUAACAAUCGUGAUCUCGCACUUGAUCCCAUGAGCAAUUAUGUUCCUCCUGUCCCACAGAACCAACAUGUUUCCAACUAUGAGGACACUCUGAAGAUGCUUGCCCUUAAUCUCAACCAAUCAAAUAAGCAAUCUACUCAGAGAAUUCAAAAGCUAGAAAGUCGCUUUGACCUUUUGACUCAGAACCAACUGCAAUUCCAACAGUCCAUGCAAAAUCAGUUGAGUCAACUCACUUCCGUUUUGUCUGAACGACAAAGAGGUACCUUGCCUAGCCAACCUAAAAUCAACCCUCAAGCCAAAGGGGUUCAUCACAUUGAAACUUCCUCUUCCACUGACCAAUCCAAUGGCCAUGUGAAUUCCAUCAUCACGCUUAGGUCAGGGAAACAAAUUGAUAAUAAGGUUGAGCUACCCACCCAACAUGAACAUGAACCAUCCGAGUCUCGUGCAUUAAACCCUUCAAAAGCUAAAAAAGACCAAAAUUCUCAAAUUAAUAAUCCUACUCUUCCGCCUUAUGUUCCACCUGUACCUUUCCCUUCUCGACUAGUUAACAAUAAAAAGGAUUCGCAAUACAGUGAGAUCUCAGAAAUUUUUCAAAAUCUUCAGAUUAAUAUUCCAUUUCUCACUGCCAUUAAGCAAAUUCCUUCUUAUGCAAAGUUCAUCAAAGACUUAGUCAAUAGGAAAACCCACAUCCCAAAGGAAGCCUUCAUAGCCCAACAUUGUUCCUCAUUCUUACAAAACCAAGCUAUAGUCAAACAUAAAGACCCUGGUAGUCCGACUAUCACUUGUAGGAUUGGCGACACUUUUGCUGAUCAGGCCCUGUUAGAUUUACAGUGUGAACUUGUUACCUUAUUCUGUGUACCAAGAGUUAGGAUUAAACAAUUUGAGGAAAACCGAUGUUAA